AUUAACUUAGUUAAUGGAUGUUUGUAUCUAAUCAUUCUCACUUAGAGCUUAUCCAGAGUAUCCUUACAGCACAAGAAUAAGCCAGAAAAAGGAAGGAAGAAUGAAGUCAUCCAUAACAGUCCUUGUGUUAUCCUUGUUAAGCUUUGCCUUAAGUUUAACUAUGUCGUCGCCAGUAUCUAUGUCGAGGAUUAAUUGUGAUCCUACGUGUGGAGAUGUCCCCAUUCCCUUUCCAUUUGGGAUUGGUUCCAAGUGUAGUGAGAAUUCCUCCUUCACUAUCGUCUGCCGGAAUUCCACAACACCAUUCUUGAGUAGCAUCAACAUGGAAGUUCUUAAUAUUUCCAUCAGAGGUACAAUCAUAGUAAAGCAGCCAAUGCCACCACCUAUGGAUUGCUCUACUAGACUGACAACAGCUCGUCUUCCAAUUUCUCUCAAAGGAAGUCCGUUUACAAUCUCUGCACGCUUCAACACGUUGGCUGUGUCAGGCUGCAAUAAUUCGGUCUGGUUGCAAGCUAACGAGACGACUACUAUAGGAGGAUGCACAUCCAUGUGUGAUGCCAACACCACAGAAACUAGCUGCAACGGCGUUAACUGCUGCCAAACAACACUUCCACCACGACUCAAGGAGCUCGAGUACAAGUACAAAACAAAUGAAGCUAGCAAUGAUAAUAGCUCUUGUGGAUUUGUUCUCCCAGUUGAGAAAACAUGGAUAACAAAUCAUUACAAAAGCUUCAAAGCAUUAGCUCGAGGAAUCGGAUUUGCUCCUUUGGUACUUGAGUGGGAAUUUGGUGAACUCAAAGGUUAUACUAACAGAAUUUGCACAUAUUCUGAUGAUCAUUGCCUCUCGCAUCCUGAUGAAUUUGGCCGCAGAUAUGCAAUAGGUGAUACUCGUGAUUGUUGGCUCACACAUCUUCGCGAUGAAUGCAGCUUUUAUCCUUCUGAUUAUGACUGCAAAUCAACAGAUAUUUCUUAUCUAUAUUCAUUUAACAGAGAUUAUGGGGAAUUCUAUUCAGUCUAUUAUCAUGAAGAUGGUUAUGAAUCUUCAACCAAAUAUUGCUCUUGUCCUCACGGGUUUGAAGGUAACCCGUAUCUACCAGAGGAGUGCAGUGAUAUAGACGAAUGCAGUAAUGCAACACUCAAUCACUGUGAAGAACCAUAUUCAUGUAACAAUGUAAGGGGGGAUUAUGAAUGCAUUGAUCAAAAUGCCAAGUAUAAAGCUCGUCUGAAAAAAGCGUUCAUCAGCGUUGGUAGUGGUCUUGGAGCUCUGGUUCUCCUCCUCGUGGCAUUGAGAACAGCAAAAUCCAUCAAAAGAAGAAUCAAGGCAAACCGAAGACGCAAGAUUUUCAAACGAAACGGGGGGCUGUUGCUGGAACAGCAACUUUCUGCAACUGAUAAUGGCCUUGACAAGACAAGGUUGUAUAGUUCCAAAGAGUUGACACUGGCUACUGAUCACUAUAAUCCAAACCGCAUACUUGGCCGUGGUGGGCAAGGCACUGUCUACAAAGGAAUGUUGAAGGAUGGUAAGAUUGUGGCAGUCAAGAAAUCACAGAAGUUAGAGGAAGGUGACCUUGAAGUCUUCAUAAAUGAAGUGGUUAUACUGUCACAAGUGAACCAUAGGAAUGUGGUUAAGUUACUAGGGUGUUGUCUGGAGACUGAAGUUCCUCUUCUCGUGUAUGAGUUCAUCCCGAACGGAACCCUGUACCAACACAUUCAUGAGCCGAGUGAGGAAUUCCCGUUGACAUGGGAAAUGAGAAUGAGAAUUGCAAGAGAAGUAGCAGGUUCACUUGAUUACUUGCACUCUGCUGCAUCUGCGCCUAUUUAUCACCGUGAUAUCAAGUCGAAAAACAUACUCUUGGAUGAGAAAUAUCGCGCCAAAGUCUCAGAUUUUGGUACAUCAAGGUCGGUAUCUCUUGAUCAGACUCACUGCACCACCCGAGUUCUAGGCACCUUUGGCUACUUAGAUCCGGAAUAUUUUCAGUCUAGUCAGUUCACUGAAAAGAGCGACGUCUAUAGCUUUGGCGUGGUUAUGGUUGAGCUUUUAACUGGAGAGAAAGCCGUGACAGCAACUAGAGCUGUGGAAGGAUGGGGUUUAGCCUCACAUUUCUUGCACUCGAUGGAGGAAAACGUGUUGUUUGAGAUACUCGAUGCAAGGGUCCUCAAAGAAGGCAAGAGGGAUGAAAUCAUGGCUGUAGCUCAGCUUGCUAGAAGAUGUCUAAAUUUGAAUGGGAAGAGAAGGCCAACAAUGAAGGAAGUUGCAGCAGAGUUGGAAGCAAUCAGAAAGGUGGAAGAAUGCUCUUAUGUUGAAGAAAGAGAGGGUGGCAGCAGAGAGUUCCAUUGUCUUUCUAUUGAGCUUCCUGAGUGUAUCAGCUUCUCUUCCAUCACUCCGUUUUCACCCGAGUAUCCAUUGCUUGUUUGUACUAUUAACCUUAGAUUGUUCCAAAUAUUAUGUUAUGUAUUCAGUGUGGAUGUUUUACAUGCUUUGAUUCAUUCUUGGCUACUAAACAAAAUUGAUUCCCUCUUAGUAGAUGGAUGUACAUAUCUCAAUCAUUUUCAAAUUAGAGCUUACCCAGAUUGGCACAACUGCACAAGAAUUAACCAGGAAGGAAGAAUGAAGUCAUUCAUAAUAGUCCAUGUGCUAUCUUUGCUAAGUUGUGGCAUAACUUUAACAAUGUCAUCGACAACAUCUUUGUCGAUGCCUAAUUGUCAAGAAAAGUGUGGAAAUGUCAUCGUUCCCUUUCCAUUCGGGAUCGGUUCCAACUGCAGUGCAAAUUCCUCCUUCGCUGUUAUUUGCCGGAAUUCCACAACACCAUUCUUGAGCAGCAUCAACAUGGAAGUUCUUAACAUUUCCAUCAGAGGUACGGUAGUAGUGAAGCAGCCGCUGUCGCCACCUAUGAAUUGCUCUACUGAUAUGAGCACCGGGCAUCUCCUUGUAUCCCUCAAGGGAAGUCCUUUCACAAUCUCAGCAAGCUACAACACGUUGGCGGUGUCAGGCUGCAAUAAUUCAAUCUUGUUGCAAGUUAACGGGACGACUGUUAGAGGAGGAUGUACAUCCUUGUGUGCUGCCAAUUCGGAAGAAACUAGCUGCGAUGGCAUUAACUGCUGCCAAACAACACUUCCACCUCGACUCAAGGAGCUCAAGUACAAUUACAGUACAAGUCAAUCUAGCAACAAUGGUAGCUCUUGUGGAUAUGUCCAGCCAGUUGAGAAGACAUGGUUAACAAAUGAUUACGAAAGGUUCAAAGCGUUGGAACGAGGAUUCGGAUUUACUCCUUUAGUACUUGAAUGGGAAUUUGGUGAACUCAAAGGCUAUACUGACAGAAUUUGCACAUAUUCUGAUGAUUAUUGCCUCACAGUUCCUGAUGAUGUUGGCCGUAGGUACGCGGAAUCAGGUACUCAGGCUUGUUGGCGCAGACAUCUUGAUGAUGAAUGCCGCGUGUAUCCUUCUCGUUCAUACUGCAAAUCAUCGUCUGAUAAUUAUCUUUUUUCAUACUAUUACGAGGAACUGCAUUCCGUUUAUUAUGACGGAUAUUUUAAUGGAUAUGAUUAUGCAUCGUCGACCAAAUACUGCUCUUGCCCUCGCGGGUAUGAAGGUAACCCGUAUCUACCAGAGCAAUGCAUUGAUAUAAACGAAUGCGAUAAUGCAACACAGAAUCCCUGUGAAACAUUGUCUUGCAACAAUGUAAGAGGGUAUUUUGAAUGUGUUGAUGAAAAGGCAAAAUAUAGAGCACAUCUGAGAACAGUGUUCAUCAGCAUUGGCAGUAGUCUCGGCGCUCUGAUUCUACUCCUCGUAGCCUGGAGGUCGACAAAAGCCAUCAGGAAAAGAAUCAAGGCCAACCGGAGACACAAGUUUUUCAAGCGAAAUGGGGGGCUUCUGCUGGAACAACAGCUUUCUGCAACUGAUAACGGCCUUAACAACGUUAAGCUGUAUAGCUCCAAAGAGUUGACACUGGCUACUGAUCACUUCAACGAGAACCGCAUACUUGGUCGUGGUGGACAAGGCACGGUCUACAAAGGAAUGUUGAAGGAUGGUAAGAUUGUGGCAGUCAAGAAAUCGCAGGAGGUAGAGGAAGGAGACCUUCAAGUCUUCAUUAAUGAAAUGGUUAUACUGUCACAAAUUAACCACAGGAAUGUGGUUAAGCUACUAGGAUGUUGUCUGGAGACAGAAGUUCCUCUUCUCGUCUACGAGUUCAUCCCAAAUGGGACCCUUUUCCAACACAUUCAUGAGCCAAGUGAGGAAUUCCCUUUGACAUGGGAAAUGAGAACGACAAUCGCAAGAGAAGUAGCGGGUGCACUUGCUUACUUGCACUCUUCAGCGUAUUCACCUAUCUAUCACCGUGAUAUCAAGUCAACAAACAUACUAUUGGACGACAAAUACCGCGCUAAGGUGGCGGAUUUUGGUACAUCAAGGUCAGUAGCUCCUGAUCAGACUCACUUCACCACCCGGGUUGUAGGCACCUUCGGCUACUUGGAUCCAGAGUAUUUCCAGACAAAUCAGUUCACAGAAAAGAGUGACGUCUACAGUUUUGGCGUGGUUAUGGUUGAGCUUUUGACUGGUGAGAAAGCAAUAUCAUCCAUCAGAGCUGAAGCAGGAAGGAGUUUAGCCACACAUUUCUUGCUUUCAAUGGAGGGAAACACAUUGUUCGAAAUUCUUGACGCAAGGGUCCUCAGAGAAGGCAAGAAGGAUGAAAUCAUGGCUGUAGCUCAGCUUGCUAGAAGAUGCCUGCAUUUGAAUGGGAAGAGAAGGCCAACAAUGAAGGAAGUUUCAAUGGAAUUGGAAGGAUUAAAAAAGGUGGAAGAAUGCUCACAUGUUAAAGAUAGAGAUGGUGUCAGCAGAGAGUUUCAUUCUCUUUCUCUAGAGGUUGCUGAGUCUAUCAGCUUCUCUUCCAUCACCCCGUUUUCGCCCGAGUAUCCAUUGCUUGGUGAGUGAACAAUAUGCAAAAGUAUAGCUGAAGGACCCUUUCUUCAACAGCUUUGCUUUGAAUAAGUUUCCAUAACAACAUAUCCUGUUUUAAACAUUUAAGAGUGUGUAGUUAUGUUUUGUAAUCAGUAUGCAUUUGCCAAAUACUUUAAUUGUUUGUUUC